CCCCUCCUCCCGUCGUGGUACAUUGCGAACCUGGCGAGCUGUGGGAACGAGACGCAUGCCGAGACGCGCAAGGUGUGGCUCGAGGCCGAUGCGCAGUAUGCGCACUUGGCCGACGACAAGUUCACGUCAGUUUGGCCUAGCCCAUGCCCAUCUCCUCCCCAUUGGCCCAUUCUCUCGUUGCUUGUCGUCGCAUCCCAACAGGAACUGACAUUGAGCGCGGCCACAGCAUCGCCAUCCCCACAUACAAGCGCCCCGACGUGCUCAACGGGACCCUCGCCAAGCUGCUGAACGACAAGAUCCCCUCACUACACGAGAUUGUCGUCAUCUGGAACGAGCUCGACAAGGCGCCGCCCUCGGGCUUCGUGUCCAAGCACGGCGUGGCGGUGCGGUACCGGACAUCGGAGCGCAACAGCCUAAACAACCGGCUAUUUCCGGACCCGGAAUACCAGACACAAGCAGUGCUCACGCACGACGACGACGUGUGGUACGAGCCCGACGACGUCGAGUUUGUGUUCCAGACGUGGCGGCAGCUGGGGCGGUACCGGCUAACGGGGGCGCUACCGCGGUGCUACAGCCGCAACGACAAGGGCCUGCUACAGUACCACCAGUGCCGCGACGGUAGCGACUGGUACGCGCUGAUCCUGACGGGGCUGUCGUUCGUGCACGUGUCGUUCCUCGACUACUAUUGGUCCGACGAGGCCAUCCCGACGCGCAUCCGCCAGCACGUCGACGAGGCCUUCAACUGCGAGGACCUGGCCAUGAACUACGUGGCCUCGAUGCUGACGUGCGCCGGCCCGCUCAACGUCAUCGGCAAGCAUCCCUACACCAACCUCGACCCCAAGGGCGGCAUCAGCAGAAAGGGCAACCACAUGCCGCUGCGCCACAACUGCCUCAACGUGUUUGAGCACAUUGUCGGCUUCCUGCCGCUGGUGCACUCCAUGGGCUCCAUCAAGCGUGGGACGCCGCACUUCAACUGAGGGGCCGGCCGUAAGAGAAGAGAAGAGAAGAGAGAGAAAAACGAAAUGAACAAACAAUGCGAUUCGUGUUGAUAUUGGCCGCGGCUCUGCGAGUCGAGCAUCACAAAGGAUGAAAUACCCUGUACCAUAAUUAGCCACCUGACGACCGCAUUCUGCCGAACACAAAACCCGCCCAAUGAGGGACGCCGGAGCACGUCGUGAGCAGUCGCUGUCUGGAUAGACUCGGGACGACGUGCACUGCGCAGGCUCGCGCAGGCUCGCGCAUGUCGAAUGAAGGAAUGGACGGUCGUCUCCUUUAAGAUAUUAAAGAUAUUGCCGCGUCAAGGGUUUGUUUAGUGCCGCGUCAACCAACAGGUGCGAAACGCAUGAUUAUCGCAACUUAAGCCCGACUUGGAGCUC